AUGGCCGACGCGUUUCAAGGUUUCCUCCUUGCAGUGGCGGUGGCGGCAUUGUUGCUUUCAAGUGUAGCUCUCAUUCGCCUUGACACAAAUUCUGUCGAGUUGUCUUUGAUGCGCCAAAAUAUUAAAAAUCUGGAGAUUCAAAUUCUCAAAGCAGAGGACAGCCCAUGUAAACCGUGCGACCACCUGGAAAUACAAGAAAGUAAACAAAACGAUCACCAAAGAAGAUUCUCUAGAGGCCUGGGGCUGGGUCAGGAAUCCAAGCUACGCCAGGAAGGCAAGAAAGGUAUCAAUCGAAAGAUGAAAAUGGAGAUAAAAAACGAAAUUCGCAUGGUGCUGGGUUCACUAACUCAGGUUUUCUGCGCAAAAGAAGAAAGACUUUGUUUUGGGGGCCCUAAAGGGGAAAAAGGUGACGUGGGCAUUGAAGGAAUUCCUGGAGUUCGCGGGGAAAAAGGAGUCGCUGGACCGACUGGACCGAAAGGAGAUAAAGGUGAUCCUGGUAUUUCAGUUGCUGCUCCUACAAUUAUUACACCAUCAAAAGUGAUAACCAUCAGACAGACACAAACAGCCUCACUGUCAUGCAGAGCCAAAGGACUUCCUUCACCACAAACAACCUGGGUUCGAGUCUAUGGGUCUUUACCCAGUGGUCGUCACGUGAUUCACAGUAAUGGUACGAUGGUUAUCAGUGGGGUUCUGUAUGAAGACGCUGGAAUGUAUGUGUGCCAAGCCAAGAAUGUGCUGGGAAUCGCAAAAUCGACCAUGCUACUGAUUGUGCACGUUCCCGUUCAACUGACAAGGACGCCUCUUCCACUACGGAUCGAAGAAGGACAGAGAGCCAUGUUUAUAUGUGAAGCAUCUGGAUUUCCUGAGCCUGUGAUAACUUGGACAGCGCUAUCCGAGAGAGGGCGCAUACUUACAAAUGGGUCAACUUCUCUUAAGGGACAGCUGACAAUCUACAACGCCACCCUUAAUGAUAGUGACUACUACACGUGUACUGCUAAAAAUGACGUAAAUGAAGUCAAAGCGUCUGCAAAGUUAUCCGUUCUCCCUAAACUGAAAUUUCUUAUCCGACCAGUCGAGCAGAUGAAUGCAUAUCUCGGCAGCACAGUGACACUGCAUUGCCAAGCAAGCAAACAACCAAUGCAAUGGGCUAAGGAAGGUGACGCUAUGCCAAAAGCAUUCGAGAUUUUGCGCAACGGAACUUUAAUUAUAAAUGUAACAUCUAUUCUCGAUGGUGGAUGGUACCGCUGUGCAGCAGAAAGCGAAAUCGCAGUCAUAAAUGCAACUUCUGCCCUAACAGUCCAGGUGCGAUCAUGCAGUGAGUGGAGACUCGCAGGUUAUAAUCGCAGUGGUAUUUUCAAUGUAAAAGCAGAUGAUGAUUCACCGAUGUUCAAAGUGUUUUGUAACAUGACUGAUAAGGGUGGUGUUGGGGUUUCGGUGAUCAGUCACAACUCAGAGCAGAGAACGGCCGUCGAAGGCUUCUUUUACCCAGGGAGCUAUUUACAAGAAGUGACUUACGUGGGGGCAACUAUGACUCAGAUCAAGAACCUCAUCCAGGCAUCCACCCAUUGUGAACAGUUCAUAAAAUAUGAAUGCCGCCAUUCUGUGCUUCUUUGGAGGGGAUCACCUUACGGCUGGUGGGUGUCACGUGACGGACAGAAAAUGACGUAUUGGGGAGGAGCUUCCCCCGACAGCAACAUGUGCGCAUGUGGAAUGAACGACUCAUGCGCCACGGGCGAAGCGUGUAACUGCGAUGCCAAUGAUCUGACGUGGAGAGAGGACAGUGGACUACUGACUGACAAGUCCACUUUGCCCGUUACGCAGCUCCGGUUUGGUGACACAGGAGACCCAAGAGAAGAAAAAGGUUUUCAUACUUUGGGAAAACUGAAAUGUUAUGGCAUAGCCUCGACCAAGUCAUAA